CCAAUACGCUCCUCACACCCACUCACUUCACCAUGCUCCGCACUGCCCUUGCCCGCGCCACGCCGGCCGCUGUGCCGCGCCGUGCCGCGCCUCUGCUUGCCGCGCGUGCCAAGCACACGCUGCCUGACCUGCCCUACGACUACGGCGCGCUGGCGCCGGCCAUCAGCGGCCAGAUCAUGGAGCUGCACCACCAGAAGCACCACCAGAACUACGUCAACGGCCUGAACCAGGCCGAGGAGACGCUCUCGCAGGCCAUCGCCAAGAACGACGUCAAGACGGCCAUCGCCACGCAGAAGGCGCUCAACUUCAACGGCGGCGGCCACGUCAACCACUCGCUCUUCUGGCAGAACCUCGCGCCCGCCAAGUCCGGCGGCGGCGAGCUGUCGGCCGGCCCGCUCAAGGACGCGAUUGAGCGCGACUUUGGCAGCCUCGACGAGCUCAAGUCGAAGUUCAACGCGCAGCUCGCCGGCAUCCAGGGCUCCGGCUGGGGCUGGCUCGGCCUGAACCCGGCCACGGGCAAGCUGGACAUCAUCACCACGGCCAACCAGGACCCGCUGCUCUCUCACGUGCCGCUGAUCGGCGUCGACGCAUGGGAGCACGCCUUCUACCUUGACUACAAGAACGUCAAGGCGGACUACUUCAAGGCCAUCUGGUCGGUCAUCAACUUCAAGACGGCCGAGGAGCGCCUGAAGCAGGCCAAGUAAGCGUGCCAGGCCGCUGCGUGCUGAGCUCGGGCCUGCGGCACCGCUCACUGGUAAUGCUUAUAACUUGACAUCAAGAGCGCGGCCUGAUGCAGUGCCUGCGUGCCGGCGAGAGUGGCAGCACAGACGGAGCUGCCAUGCCGUGCGUGUUGUGCGAGCUGCGUGAGCCUCUGCACCCCAGCCUACCGCUGCCCGCGCUCAGCUCCUCUAUGCGUCCUGAUCAGAAUGCUCCUAGGCGCUACUGCCAGGUGAACUCCGACGAUUGCCCGCACACAUCCUGCAUCGGCACAGCACCUCUCGAAGCUCGUCGGUCAUCUAGCGGCGCAGAUCGCGUCUCUGGCGCCGAGCUGUGAGCAUGCUGAAUGUAUGUGUUGGGCGU